AUGGCCAAACGUAGGUGCUUCUCCGAUCAAUUACCUAGGGUUUCGAAAGGUGAUUACGAUCGAUUCAACAUUGAGGCACUUUUGGAUUUGUUAUGUGAUGUCCCCGAUUCCGCUUUAAUUGACGCCACAUUCGAAUUUAGGUCUACCGAUUCCGAUCAAAACGAUUUUAUCCAGCGUGUUCUCCACCUUAGAUCCGUCCUGCUCGAAGCUCACAAGAGAUUCCUUCAUAAACACUCCUCCGUCCGUGAUGCAUUCAUCUGGCCUUUCCAUUUCUAUUUUGAUCUGUUUAGUAUUCGUUUGGCCUCUCCCCGCAUUCGAAUUCAAGUUGCUUAA